UCCAGGGGACGAUUAUUUUUGUAGAACCGCGGAAGUGCUGGAAGAACGACCUGUCUCUGCGCCUCUCUGGAAUGGCGAAGCCCGAGAGAGGCCUCGUCGCGGCCGGAAUGAGAGCGUUGCGGAAAAACAAGACGCUGAAAUACGGAGUCCCGAUGAUGCUGCUUAUAAUUGGUGGGUCUUUUGGACUUCGUGAGUUCACCCAGAUUAGAUAUGAUGCACUCAAGCUCCACAGCAAGAUUGAUCCAGCUUUGGAAGAAAGACUCAAGAAGAAUAAAGUGACACUGGAAUCAGAAUAUGAGAAACUGAAAGAUGCCAAGUUGGAUGAAUGGCAAAAUAUCAGGGGACCGCGUCCAUGGGAGGAUUCCAAGUCUGUCCAAGAGCAACAGCAGUAGCAGAAGUGGCAAAGUUUUGGACCAGCAUGAUUUGAUUCAGUUGGCAUAGACUUGAACUGUUUUUUCUCAAUAGCUGGGCAAACUGAUAAUGUACAGCACUGUGGAAUUAACUCUUUCAUCCCAGGAAGUGUCUGAGUGAGUGACUUGUAAAUAAAGAUCCAUAAACAUG